CCGAAGUGAGUUCCGACUGCGUACCGAAGUGGGGAAAAAACUGCAAUUUGGAAACGUCAACUUUUCAUUGCGAAUUUCUCAAAAUAUCCUUCAUUUCCACCUCAAUCGCGUGUCUCCCAUUUGUACAGCUAGUGGUGCAGUCCCGGAAAAAUGCAGUGCAAUAUCAGGAAUAUUGUUUCGCUGGCAACAAAGACGAACCUCGUGCUGCGGAAUCAUCGACCAGCACUGAGUGUUCUGGGCAGGAGGAACUACACGAGUGGAGAGGAGGUGGAUCUGGUGGUCAUUGGAUCCGGCCCCGGAGGCUAUGUGGCUGCCAUCAAAGCUGCCCAGCUUGGGAUGAAGACCGUGUGCAUUGAGAAGAACGACACAUGUGGUGGUACCUGCCUCAAUGUGGGAUGCAUCCCAUCUAAAUCUCUCCUCAAUAAUUCCCACUACUACCACAUGGCCCACUCCGGGGAUCUGGCCAAUCGAGGUAUUUUCGUGGAGAACGUCCGGGCGGAUAUUGGCAAGAUGAUGGAUGCCAAGUCAAAGUCCGUAAAAGCCCUCACGGGGGGCAUUGCUCAGCUCUUCAAGAAGAACAAGGUGCACCUCAUUAAGGGCUACGGGAGCAUCACGUCACCCAAUGAAGUCACCGCCAAGACGGAAUCCGGCGAGGAGGUGGUAAAGACGAAACGCAUUAUGAUUGCCACGGGGUCCGAAGUUACACCAUUUCCCGGAAUUGAGAUUAAUGAGCAGAACGUGGUAUCAAGUACAGGAGCACUGAGCCUUGAAAAGGUUCCAGAAAAAAUGAUUCUUAUUGGAGCAGGUGUUAUUGGUCUGGAACUUGGUUCCGUGUGGUCACGUUUGGGUUCAAAAGUCACUGCUGUGGAAUUUCUGGAGACAAUUGGUGGGGUUGGAAUUGACGGGGAGGUAUCCAAGACGUUCCAGAAGGUGCUCACGAAGCAAGGGAUUGAAUUUAAGUUGGGACACAAGGUUACGGGUGCUACGAAUACAGGAAGUAGCGUCAAAGUUGCCGUUGAGGGUGUCAAGAGUGGCAACAAAGAAGAGCUUGACUGCGACGUUCUUCUCGUGAGCGUUGGCCGUCGUCCCUACACAGAAGGGCUGGGCUUGGAGAAUGUGGGCAUUGUUAAGGAUGACAGGGGUCGUGUACCCGUAAAUGGGCAAUUCCAGACCAUUGUACCGAGCAUUUAUGCCAUUGGUGAUUGCAUUCAUGGCCCAAUGUUGGCGCAUAAGGCCGAAGAUGAGGGUAUUGUGUGCGUUGAGGGUAUGCUCGGUGGUCCAGUUCACAUUGACUACAACUGCGUACCGAGUGUCAUCUAUACGCAUCCUGAAGUGGCGUGGGUGGGAAAAACGGAGGAGGAUCUGAAGAAGGAGGGUGUUGAGUAUAAGAUUGGUAAAUUCCCCUUCAUGGCGAAUUCACGUGCUAAAGUGAAUGAUGACACCGAUGGCUUCAUCAAAGUACUCGCCGAUAAGAGUACAGAUAGGAUUCUCGGGACUCAUAUGAUUGGACCCGGUGUGGGUGAGCUCAUCAAUGAAGCUACCUUGGCAAUGGAAUACGGAGCAGCUGCUGAAGAUGUAGCACGUGUCUGUCAUGCACAUCCGACAUGCUCAGAAGCUCUUCGAGAGGCUAACUUAUCUGCCGCGUUUGGCAAACCCAUUAAUUUCUAGAGAAGAAGAUGUAGUUGAUCCCGCCCAUGAAAAGAAUCCCUGUGACGAGUGGAAGAUCUGGCGAAGGGGGAGUGAUCUGUGUAAAUAGCAACAAAAAAAAGUUCACGAAACAGUGACAACCUCAAACGGCACUUUACUUUUUGUUUAUUUACUCGUUUUACUUUUUUUUUUUCACAAAGAAAAACUAUUAAAAACAUCCACCAGCAGCAUAAUGAAAAUGUAUCCCGGAGAGUAGAGAAAUGAAUGCCAUUAUUCCGAAGUAUGAA